GUGAGAGAGGAUCUCGCAAACCCUAAGAUGGACGAUAGAGAGAGAUCGGGGGAUAGGAGAACCAGAGAUCGUAACUCCGACCGCCACCAUCGGAGCCACCGCGAUUCCGAUGACCACCGCCAUCAUCACCGUUCCGACAGGUCUCACAAGCGCGACCACAAAUCCAGGGAUUGGGAAGAAGAUCGAGAAGGAAGCAGAGAGAGGUCCUAUGACAGAGACGACACCAAAGGUAAGGACAAAGUGAAGCGUGAUGAGGAGGAGGAUGGCAUGGAAGAUUCCGUCGAGCCACGACACUCUUCGCAUUCUCACAAGCGGAAGGAUAGGGAACACAGUGAGGAUCGCGAGAGGGAGAGGGACGACGAUAAGAGAAUUAGGGUUUCAGAGGAUAGGAAGAGGGAACGGAGGAGGUUUGGGGAUAAAGCCAAGAAGGAUGAAGAAAAUGACGAUACUCAAUUCAACAAUGGCAAUGAAGAACACGCCACUGCUUCAGUACAAAACGGCACUACUGCAUUGGGAUUACCUGCUGUGGCGCCCACGAGUGUGCCCGAGACAUCGUUGGCCCCUACUUCUUCCUCACAUAUCAAGGUAUCUUCGAUUUCUACCACAAAUGAAAAUAAGGGAGUUAGUAUUACCAGGUCUCAUGAGGUUACUGGAAAAUCUAGUACAGAUGGGUCUUCUUCAACUGCUGGAAAACCCGGGCGCCUCAAUAUUGAAGUCAUAGCUAAGGCUAAGCUGGCUUUACAAAAGCAGAAAGAAUUACAUGAGAAGCUGAAGAAUCUUCCACUGUCGAAUAAAAUUUCUACCCCAAAUAAUGAAUCAACUGUACCCUCUCUCAGUGUUGAAAAGCCAUCAAGUCCUGCCCCCUUAGCUUCUUCUGGGCCUGUUGCAAGUAUGUCAAUUUUCCCUAAUGCUGCUGCUGCUACUUCUACUCUUGCAAGUCCUGCAGCUAGUGGUACUAGUGCUGCUGGUGUACCCAACUAUGAAGCUGUCAGGCGUGCUCAGGAGCUUGCGGCCAGGAUGGGGUUUCGUCAAGAUCCACAAUUUGCUCCUCUUAUAAACAUGUUUCCUGGUCAGAUGGUACCGGAUGUUACAAUCCCACAGAAACCCACAAAGGCCCCUGUUCUUCGUCUUGAUGCUCAGGGACGGGAAAUAGAUGAACAUGGAAAUGUUGUUAAUGUAACUAAACCAAGCAACCUUAGCACUUUGAAGGUCAACAUUAACAAACAGAAGAAAGAUGCGUUUGAAAUACUGAAACCUGUAUUAGAUGUCGAUCCUGAUUCUAAUCCUCAUUUUGAUCCAAGGAUGGGGGUCAACAAGACAAAGCUCCUGCGGCCCAAAAGGAAUAAUUUCCUGUUUGUGGAAGAGGGAAAAUGGUCAAAAGAUGCUGAAACAAUAAAAUUGAAGAGUCAAUUUGGAGAAGCUCAAGCAAAGGAGCAGAAGGCCAAACAAGCGCAGUUGGCAAAGGCGAAGGCUGCUCCUGAUAUAAAUCCAAACUUAAUAGAAAUAACAGAGAGGGUUGUGAUUAAAGAAAAACUCAAGGAUCCAAUUCCAGAAAUCGAGUGGUGGGACUUGCCUCUUUUGCAAUCUGGGAAUUAUGGUGACAUUGCUGACGGAUCCAUAGAUGAAGAUAAACUGAAAAUGGAAAAAAUCACUUUUUAUGUGGAGCAUCCUCGUCCCAUUGAGCCACCUGCUGAGCCUGCCCCACCUCCACCUCAACCCCUCAAGCUAACCAAGCAAGAACAGAAGAAACUCCGGACACAAAGGCGUAUAGCUAAGGAGAAAGAUAGACAGGAGAUGAUAAGACAGGGAGUCAUAGAACCCCCAAAACCAAAGGUCAAGAUUAGCAAUUUAAUGAAAGUACUUGGUGCUGAGGCAACUCAAGAUCCUACUCGGCUUGAAAAGGAAAUACGCAGUGCAGCUGCUGAGCGUGAGCAGGCCCACAUAGAUAGGAACAUUGCUCGCAAGCUCACUCCUGCUGAGCUGCGUGAGAAGAAGGAGAGGAAGCUGUUUGAUGACCCAAAUACAGUUGAGACACUUGUCUCACUCUACAGGAUAAACGAUCUCUCUCAUCCGAAGGCCCGCUUUAGAGUUGAUGUUAAUGCUCAAGAGAACCGUUUGACUGGAUGUGCUGUGAUCAGCGAUGGUAUGAGUAUUGUUGUGGUUGAAGGUGGAAGCAAGUCAAUUAAGAGGUAUGGAAAGCUCAUGCUUAGACGUAUCAAUUGGAGUGAUGUUUCAAAAGAGAAUGAAGAAAAUGACGAGUCAGAUGAUGACAAGCCUGUCAAUAAAUGUGUUUUGGUGUGGCAAGGAAGUGUUGCCAAACCGAGCUUCAAUAGGUUCAGUGUUCAUGAUUGCAUCACUGAAGCAGCUGCUCGAAAAGUCUUUGUGGAUGCUGGUGUUCCUCAUUAUUGGGAUCAAGCUGUCAACUACGUAGAUGAUGGAGCUGUUUGAAUUGUCUUCUGAUGAUGUUUUUGAUCAACAUUAUUAGCAUGCCUUGACUAAACCAACCCUUGUGGUUAGUGAUCGGUUUUACAAUUUGCAUUAAGCAGGGUUUUAAGCAAAUAAUAAAUACGAACAGGAAUACUGCUGAUGCUCCUUUGUUUCCUAUGGCAUAUUAUGUCUAAACUGAUUAUAAAUUUGCUAGAUCAUGAAGUGGUGUAAACCUUGGCUCAUCUGUUUGGAUAUGUUCAUGCUAUAUGAUUGUGUGCGAUAUGACAUUGGUUAAAUUUUAGACCUCGGUAUUUUCUGCAAUGUUUCCUGCUAUGUAAACUCUGAUUUUUCAUUCA